UUAGUGUGGCGGUUUUGAAGCGGAAGUGACGUGCCCCGUUUGGCCGCUGUUAGCUUGUUAGGCUGUGGUUCUGAAUGUAAAAUGGUUCAGGGCUCGGUUCUGCUGUAACAUGCCUCUGGUUGGACCGGAAGGGGAGCAACAGGCUCUGACGGAGUGUCGGUACCGGUACCCCACAGAGACUCUGAAGGACCUGCAGUCGGUGCGGGCUCGGUUCCGAGACCUGCGGCUGUUUGUGGACUUUUACUGUUUUCCAAACAAGGAGACGAGAAAGCUGCUGCACCUGUCGGGAACGCUCCCUGUCCUCUACCAAGGGAGUGCCUACAACAUCCCGGUGUGUGUCUGGCUGCACGAGACCCACCCGCUGUCAUGCCCGCGCUGUGUCGUCUGUCCCUCCGUCGCCAUGGUGAUCAAUCCAUCUUGUCCUCACGUAGAUUCCUCCGGUACUGUCAGUGUGGACGGGCUGCGGAACUGGACUCCUGGUGUGUCCAAUCUGACGCUGCUGUUGUCAGAGCUGAGGCUGGCCUUCCAGAAGGACACGCCCCUUUACGCCAGGAGUGUGGAUCAGGCUCCGCCCCCUGCAGGACUCGGCUCCUCCCCUUCCUCCCAGCAGCGCCCCGCCCAUGGCCCCGCCCACCUUGCUGAAGCCAGCCAAUGGGAACAGGAUGGCGUCAGGACAUCGUACACCGAGGAGCUGAAAGGGAUCGACUUCGGGGCUCCGCCCUCCGCCGGCGGCGCCAACACUUUCCUGAGCCCCUCCCCUCCAGGUGUGCCCCCCACCGAGCCCCUCAACAGAAUGAUGGGAGCUUUGAGGCUGGAUGGAGGCAGGCGGUCAGAACCGAACCAACGUGGUUCUGGAGAUCAGAGUCCAGCAGCCGAAGCCGACCUGAGGAAGGUGUCGGCCCACCUGUCUCCAGACCGGGCCGCCGUCUUCAUGGCUCUGAUCACCAUGACUGGGCGGAGCUUCAGCACUGAUGAUGUCAUAGAGGCGGUUCAGCACAAUCCAGAUCUCCCUUCAGCGCUGAAGUUCCUGACGCACACCUGUCCGAUCUGUCGUGACCAGGUGUCCUUCAGCAAGAUCAUCACCAUGACCCACUGCUCCUGCUUCUUGUGUCAGAGCUGCUUCACUUCCUGUUUCUCCGUCGCCAUCAAGGAGCGCGCCGUCCACCUGCUCACCUGUCCGCAGUGCGGCCAACCAGAGAUCAGGAGCCAGGGGGCGCUAGAGGAGUCCAUGGACUACUUUAACCUGCUGGACACACAGAUCCGUCACUUCCUGCCUCCUGACAUCCAUGAACUGUUCCAGAGGAAACUCCGGGACCGAGCCCUGCAGGAGAUGCCCCGGUUCUGCUGGUGCGCUCACUGUUCCUUCGGGAUGCUCCAUGAAUCGGACCGGUUGAGGAUGGACUGUCCCAGCUGUAGGAAGAGCACCUGUUCCCAGUGCAGGUCACCUUGGUCUCCUCACCAUCAGGGACUUUCCUGUGCAGAGUUCAAGGCGUGGCAACAGCAGACCCAGCAGGACCGGGACAGCCCCAUGUGGGUCUACAAAACCAUUGAGUGUCCUAGUUGUCAGUUCGUCUUCAGCCUGUCUAAAGGAGGAUGUCUUCACUUCACCUGCUCUCAGUGUCGUCAUCAGUUCUGUGGUGGCUGCAGUCAGCGCUUUGCUCUGGGCCCGGCUUGCAACUUCUCCGCUCGGUGUGCGUCCAGAGGUCUACAUGCGCACCACCCCAGGGACUGCCUGUACCACCUGAGAGACUGGAGCGUGGCCCGGCUGCACCAGCUGCUGCAGCACUACAGAGUGUCUCCUUCCUGGUCGGAACCGUCCAGUGGCAGCUUGGCUCAGUUUGGUCAGACAGUGGCAUGUUUUGUGCUGGAACUGCGAGAUGACAGCGGUAUGACGAAGGAGGAACCUUGUGGACUGCCGGCGCCGUACGGAGGAUACUGCCAGGCUCACUACAAGGAGCGUCUGGUGGAGCAGCUCAAUCGCUGCGGCGCCGACCCGGCCGUCCUCUUCAGUCCUGCGGAGGUGAUUGCAGAGCUGCGGCGAUGGAGUGUUAUCGUGCCAACCAGAAAGCCUGAAGAGCCAGAGCCGCUGUAUGCCCAUCGCCUCCGUCUGGUGCUGACCAAUUGCCUUCCUCUUAUGAAGCAUCGAAGCACUCAAUCAGUGACAUCAGCAGAAGCUCCGCCCACUCCAUCCCUCCAAAGUCCCAACCAAUCAGAUGAUGUCUGAUAACUUCAAACAGCUCAAAGGGAACCAAUGAGAGAAGCUUCCAGUCGUAACUACCUGAGCUAACUGACGUUACCAUGGCUGUUAACGAGGUUAACAAGCUUCCAUUCACUCAUCAGCCUUUAGUUUAUUUAAAUUAUUUUUUCUCUAGCAUUGAAUAAACAUCUAACUGAAAUGUUUUUAGACAAGAACUGAGAAAAAACUUAGUUUGUUCUGAUCCUCAAGGCUCAAAAUUCAUACAGUUCUUUUAAAAAGGCGAAUCUUAACGAGCGUUAGGGAUUAACGAGGUAAAGCUUAAUGAGGUGAAUCUUAACGAGGUCAGGGUUAGGGUUCCAGCUGCUCAGUUUUCUGCACUUUAAUAAAUUUGUCAUCUUCUCA